AUGCGCGAGCUCCUCGUUCGAAAGCUUGCCCGACAGCUUGCACUAACCAGCGGUUUGAAAUAUCCAACAGAACCGCCACCACAGGCAGGCUACGGCCAGUAUCCUCCGCCACAAGGCCAGUAUCCUCCGCCGCAAGGCCAAUACCCCCCUCAACAAGGCCAUUAUCCUCCACCCCAGCAGGGAGGAUACUAUCAACAGCCGCCUCCGCCUCCGCCAGGCCAUUAUCCUCCUCCUCACCAGCAAUCCUACGGUCAACAGCCGCCGCCGCCGCAGCACUUCAAUGCUCCUCCGCCCGCACCUUCGCCAUACGGCCAUCACUCGCCUGCGCCGCCCCAGGGCCAGUACGGCGCUCCCUACGGCGCUCCCCCUCCCCAGCAAUAUGGCCAUUCCGUGCCAGCAACGCCGCCGUCGAAGGGAUAUGGCGCGCCCCAGAUCAUUCAAUGGGAUGCCAAUCCCGAUGCGCAGGCAUUGCGGGCUGCGAUGAAGGGCUUUGGCACGGAUGAAAAGGCCUUGAUACGAAUUUUGUCCACCAAGGACCCACUGCAGAUCGAUCUUAUUCGGACGACAUUUGACCGCACUUUCAAACGAAGUCUCAUUGACGACAUCAAGAGCGAGACAAGUCGGUAUUUUGAAGACGGGCUGGUGCAGCUAGCCUACGGCCCUCUGCUGGCCGAUGUCCACAACCUGAGAGAUGCUAUGAAAGGCAUCGGAACCAAGGAAUCAGUCCUCAACGACGUCCUUCUUAGCAGAUCCAAUGCUGAUAUCAAGGCCAUCAAGGGCGCAUACCGUCAGCAGUUUGGCAGGUCCCUGGAGCAAGAUGUCAAGGGUGAUCUGAGCAUGAAGACUGAAAGGCACUUCCUCAUGGUGCUUGCGGCCAACAGAGCCGAAGAUGCUGAGCCAGUGGAUCCCCGAAAAGUCGACGAUGCCGUGAUGCAUAUUUAUCAGGCGACGGAAGGCAGGAUGGGCACGGACGAAAUUCUUGUUUGUCAAAUCUUGACCAGCCACAACGAUAACCAAAUCCGUGCCAUUGCCCACACCUAUAAGCAAAAGUUCAACCGUGACUUGGCCAAGGUUAUUGACUCUGAAUUCUCUGGGCACAUGAGGGAUGCACUCCUCUUCCAGCUGGGCCACGCCGUCGACAAGUAUAUGCACGCUGCUGAACUGUUGGAAGAGACCAUGCGCGGCGCGGGAACCAAAGACUUUUUACUUGUUCUUCGCGUAGUCCGGCUUCACUGGGAUCACACUAUGCUAUCCAACGCCAAGGCUGCAUAUCAACAACGCUACCGCCGAAGCCUGGCCAGUCGUAUCGACGGAGAGGUAUCUGGGGAUUACAAGAGAUUGAUGCUGGCGUGCAUCGGCGAGUGGCGUUGA